AGGUUGCAGUGAGCCGAGAUCGCGCCACUGCACUCGAGCCUGACCAAAGAGCGAGACUCUGUCUCAUAAAAAAAAAAAGUUUAUUUUGCCAAGGUUGAGGACACAUGCCCGUGACACAGCCUCAGGAAGUCCUGACGACAUGUGCCCAUGGUGGUUGGGGUACAGGUUGGUUUUAUACAUUUUAGGGGGACAUGAGACAUCAGUGAAUAUAUGUAAGAAGUACAUUGCUUCCGACCAGAAAGGCGGGAACAACUCGAAGCAGGGAGGGGACUUCCAGGUCACAGGUAGACAGGUAGAGAGACAAAUAGUUGGAUUCUUUUUAAUUUCUGAUAAGUCCUUCCAAAGGAGGCAAUCAGAAUAGGCAUCUAUCUCAGUGAGGAGAGGGAAGACUUUGAAUAGAAUGGGAGGCAAGUUUGCCCUGAGCAGUUCCCAGAUUGACUUUUCCCUUUAGCUUAGUAAUUUUGAGGCCACAAGAUUUUCCUUUCACAGAUUCUAUCAGCAGGAGAGUUGUUUUCUAUAGGAAUCACAGAGAUUCAGCUUUGCACUCCUGCUGUAGGGGAGCACAUCCCUAACUUCCUUCAUUUGCCUUAGGCACUCUAACGCUUCUGAGGGCCUUCGGACACAUUAUAACACAACAACGCUUAUCAGCCUCUGCUUCCACUGCAGGUAUUUUGCGACUGAACGACUGUUUCGAACGGUGUGGUAAUUUGGAUUUUUAGCCUUUGGGAGAAUCCUAAAUAAUAGUUUUAGCUUGAGCUCCCUAUUAUUUACCUUGAGCUCCCCGAAAUCUGAAACAGUAUUUUUCCAGAUUCUUGAGUGAUUAGUUACAGACACUAGUCUCCAGGAAUCUCAAUACGGCUUCUAAGGCUAGGUGAGACCCCUCCUCUGCCCUAGAAAGGCGCCUUUUUUUUUUUUUUUUUCUUUUUUUUUUUUUUUUUUGAGACAGAGUCUUGCUCUGUCGCCCAGGCUGGAGUGCAGUGGCGCGAUCCCAGCUCACGGCAAGGAGGUUCACGCCAUUCUUCUCCAGCGUCAGCCUCCGGAGUAGCUGUGACUAUAGGCGCCCGCCACCACGCCCAGCUAACUUUUUUUUUGAAUUUUUAGUAGACACGGGGUUUCACCGUGUUAGCCAGGAUGGUCUCCAUCUCCUGACCUCGUGAUCCGCCCACCUCCGCCUCCCAAAGUGCUGAGAUUACAGGCUUGAGCCACUGCGCCCGGCCAGAAGGGUGCGCUUUUUAAGGAGAGCCCCUGACCUGAUGGCGGGCUUUUCCUGCAGACGGACUCUGGGUAUCACCCUCUUUAGCGCCGUGGAAAGUGGGGAACUACAUUACCCAGAAAGCUCUGCGUUAAACGACAGCCGGUCAGAGCCAAUGAGCACUCGGAAAGAAGGCAUUUCCACGUGUGCACGUAACGUAAGGCCGAGACUUCCGGGGUCUCUAGUAGCGGCUGUGUAUCGGUGACGCGGGUGUUUCCCCAGUUUGUGGCCCCUGAGUGCUGGGUGGGACCGCGGUGACUGAACCUAGAAGGUGGAGAGGAAUCGUCCUCGGUGCCCAGAGGCGGCUCUGCAGCCCCGUGACGGCGACCACUGCUCCCGGGCCGUGCUUCCCCAAGUAGUCCGAUGGCAGCGGCUGCGCCGAGGCGCCCGACUCAGGGCACAGUGACUUUUGAAGACGUGGCUGUGAACUUUACCUGGGAGGAAUGGAAUCUCCUUAGUGAGGCUCAGAGAUGCCUGUACCGUGAUGUGACGCUGGAGAACCUGGCACUUAUAUCCUCCCUGGGUUGUUGGUGUGGAGUGGAAGAUGAGGCGGCACCUUCUAAGCAGAGUAUUUAUAUACAAAGAGAGACUCAGGUCAGGACUCCUAUGGCAGGUGUGUCUCCCAAGAAGGCCCACCCCUGUGAGAUGUGUGGCCCGAUCUUGGGAGACAUUUUGCAUGUGGCAGAUCAUCAGGGAACACAUCACAAGCAGAAACUGCACAGGUGUGAGGCCUGGGGGAAUAAAUUGUAUGACAGUGGAAACUUUCAUCAGCACCAGAAUGAGCACAUUGGAGAGAAACCCUACAGAGGGAGUGUUGAGCAGGCGUUGUUUGUGAAGAGGUGUAAGUUGCAUGUGUCAGGGGAGUCAUCUGUCUUCAGUGAGAGUGGGAAGGACUUUUUGCCCAGGUCAGGAUUACUCCAGCAGGAGGCCAGUGACACUGGGGAGAAGUCAAACAGCAAAACUGAGUGUGUGUCUCCCUUUCAGUGUGGGGGAGCUCACUAUAGCUGUGGAGAAUCCAUGAAACAUUUUAGCACCAAACAUAUACUCAGUCAGCACCAGAGACUGCUCACUAGAGAAGAGUGUUAUGUGUGCUGUGAAUGUGGGAAGUCCUUUAGCAAAUAUGCUAGCUUCAGUAGUCAUCAGAGAGUUCACACUGAAAAAAAACAUGAAUGUGGAGAAUGUGGGAAAUCCUUUAGCAAAUAUGUUAGCUUCAGUAAUCAUCAGAGAGUUCACACUGAAAAAAAACAUUAUGAAUGUGGAGAAUGUGGGAAAUCCUUUAGCAAAUAUGUUAGCUUCAGUAAUCAUCAGAGAGUUCACACUGGGAAAAGACCUUAUGAAUGUGGAGAAUGUGGGAAAUCAUUUAGCAAAUAUGCUAGCUUGAGUAAUCAUCAGAGAGUUCACACUGACAAAAAACAUUGUGAAUGUGGAGAAUGUGGGAAAUCCUUUAGUCAAAAGAGCAGCCUCAUUCAACAUCAGCGAUUUCACACUGGAGAAAAACCGUAUGGGUGUGAAGAAUGUGGGAAAUCUUUUAGUUCAGAAGGACAUCUUAGGAGCCAUCAACGAGCUCACGCUGGAGAAAGACCUUUCAAGUGUGGAGAAUGUGGGAAAUCUUUCAGUCAUAAGCGCAGCCUUGUUCACCAUCAGCGAGUUCACAGUGGAGAAAGACCUUAUCAGUGUGGAGAAUGUGGGAAAUCUUUCAGUCAAAAGGGCAACCUCGUUCUACACCAGCGAGUUCACACUGGAGCAAGACCUUAUGAGUGUGGAGAAUGUGGGAAAUCAUUUAGUUCAAAAGGACAUCUUAGGAACCAUCAGCAAAUUCACACUGGGGACAGACUUUAUGAGUGUGGAGAGUGUGGGAAAUCUUUUAGUCAUAAGGGCACCCUCAUUCUACAUCAGCGAGUUCACCCUAGAGAAAGAUCUUAUGGGUGUGGAGAAUGUGGGAAAUCUUUUAGUUCAAUCGGGCACCUUAGGAGCCAUCAGCGCGUUCAUACUGGAGAGAGGCCUUAUGAGUGUGGAGAAUGUGGGAAAUCUUUUAGUCAUAAGCGCAGCCUUGUUCACCAUCAGCGCAUGCACACUGGAGAAAGACCUUACAAGUGUGGAGACUGUGGGAAAUCUUUUAAUGAAAAAGGACACCUUAGGAAUCAUCAGCGAGUUCACACUACAGAAAGACCUUUUAAGUGUGGGGAAUGUGGGAAAUGUUUUAGUCACAAGGGUAACCUCAUUCUACACCAGCAUGGCCAUACUGGAGAAAGACCUUAUGUGUGUAGGGAAUGUGGAAAAUUAUUUAAGAAGAAGUCUCACCUCCUUGUACACCAGAGAAUUCACAAUGGAGAAAAGCCAUAUGCUUGUGAAGCUUGUCAGAAAUUUUUUAGAAACAAGUACCAACUCAUUGCACAUCAGAGAGUUCACACUGGAGAAAGGCCUUAUGAAUGCAAUGAUUGUGGAAAAUCAUUUACCCACAGCUCUACAUUCUGUGUUCAUAAGCGAAUUCACACUGGAGAAAAGCCUUAUGAGUGCAGUGAAUGUGGAAAAUCUUUUGCUGAAAGCUCCAGUUUCACAAAACACAAAAGAGUUCACACUGGAGAAAAGCCUUAUGAGUGCAGUGAAUGUGGAAAAUCUUUUGCUGAAAGCUCCAGUCUCACUAAACACAAGAGAGUUCACACUGGAGAAAAGCCUUAUAAAUGUGAGAAAUGUGGGAAAUUAUUUAACAAGAAGUCUCACCUCCUUGUACACCAGAGUUCACACUGGAGAAAAGCCAUAUGAGUGUGAGGAUUGUCAGAAAGUUUUUAGCAAGAAGGACCACCUCAUUGCACACCAGAGAGUUCACACUGGAGAAAGGUCUUGUGAUUGCAGCAAAUGUGGAAAAAAAGUUACCUGAAGGUCUUUUCUCCUUGAAUAUCAGAGAGUUCACACUAGACAAAUAAAAUACAUUUGGGCAAUUUUGUAGCCACACCUCUUUGCUCCUUCAAGAUCAGAGUUAGCACUGGAUCAGGGCCUUACCAGUGUGACAUGUGAGAUAUUUAUGUAGAAAUCUAGCUUCAUAACACACAGGAGACUUCCCACUGCAGAAAUGCCUUUUGAAUGUAAUGAAUGCAAGAAAGCCUUCAGCCUUUUUAUUGGAGCCUCAAACAUUGACAUGAGAAAAACACCAUAGAUGUAUAUGGAAUGUUAUUUCUUUUUCAGUGUAACCCUUUGAGAGUGCCACCUACCUAGAUUGAAUGUCAUUCAUUGAGCAUCUGCAAAAGUUCCAAGCGUGUGGCAGCUACAGUGCAUUUUUCACUAUACCCAGGUACCUUGCUAGAUUUUUUUUGAGACAGGUUGUCACUGUGUCGCUCAGGAUGGCGUGCAGUGGUGUGUUCACAUUUCACUGCACCCUUGAUCUGGGCUUAAGUGAUUCUGUUGCCUCGGCCUCCUGAGUAGCUGAAACCACAGGCAUGCACUACCAUGCUCCACUAAUUUUUUUAAGUUUUGGAGAGACAGGGUCUCACCAUGUUGCCCAGGCUGGUCUUAAACUCCUGGCUCAAGCGAUCCUUCCACCUUGGCCUCCAAACAUGCUGGGAUUACAGGUGUGAGUUACUGUGCCUGGCCUUUUUUUUUUUUUUUUUUUUAACUUUUAAUUUCUGAUCGAGUCACAGAAGGAUUUGUUGAGUAGCUUCAGCACUUCUUCCUUUGUCAUUUUUUUCUGUCUGAUAAGUCAUGCCAUGGACGUUACCCAUUUUUAUCCCAGAGGCCUCUUACGUUGACUUGAAAAGAUGGACUAUGUCUUUCAGAGAUCUUGUGGGUAUCACAUCAAUCUUGACAAAUUUUCUACCCUCCAAGUCAUGAUCCUGAGAACAGCUUGCCUCCCAUUUCUCCGGUUUGUGCUAUUAUGAAGGCCUUAUUGUUUCAGCCUUCUUCAAUCUUGAGGGUUGUUGUCACUGUAUGGGUGGUUCAGAAACAAGUAGGUCCUGUUACUAUGAAGGGGGUCACAGCUUUUGUUGGCAUAGCUAAACUUUGUGGCUCAUGGAACAGUAUGAAUGUAGAAUGUAGCUUUCUCCACUUGUGGACUGCUUUGCAUAGCUGCCAGAGGCCUCCAAAGAAGAACUUCAGGGCUUUGUGGUCUUUAUCUGUAGCAUGGAUACUAAAAUUUGUGGGUUCAUAAGUCAGCUGGAUACAGGGCAUUUUUUUGUGACAAUUUCUGGCGUUUUUUGAACAAGACAAAAUUCUUUUACGAGGUAUAUUGCAUUGUACUUGGUACGGCUGAGGGAAGUCUGUUGCCCAGCUCUUGCAAUGCAGACACAUGCCCUGAUAUCCAGAAUUCUGUAGGAUAACAUCACAGAUUGUAAUGCUAUCAGGUGAAAUUAUAAUUUUAUAGAAUUACUUUAUUUAUAGGCAGUGGAGGAGACAGAAUAAUGUAACUGCAACUCAUGUCUUUUUUUUUUUUUUUUUUUGAGGCAGAGCCUCGCCCUGUUGCCCAGGCUGGAGUGCAGUGGCAUAAUCUUGGCUCACGGCAACCUCUGCCUCCCAGGUUCAAACGAUUCUCCUGCCUCAGCUUCCUGAGUAGCUGGGACUACAGGCACAUGCCACCACACCCAGCUAAUUUUUGUAUUUUUAGUAGAGAUGGGGUUUCACCAUGUUGGCCAGGCUGGUCUCGAACUCCUGACCUUGUGAUCUGCUGGCCUCAGCCUCCCAAAGUCCUGGGAUUACAGGUGUGAGCCACCACAUGCAGCGUAAUGCAUGUCUUUUAAAAGGGCAUCCACAGUGAUCCAGUCACUACGUAUAUGAUGAAUAUGCAGAUACAGGAAUUAUCAGGACUUCCAUAAUGAUGAAUGUUGUAUUGUUGAGGCCAUUGUCAGAGGAAAUAAUCUAAAGGUUUUGUGAAUUCCUGUACUCAUUCUGGGCUGUUCUUCUCAAGGUCAUUCCUGCAUUAGCAGGAGGAAGAUGAUAGGGAGAAGGGAGAUCUCAGUUCAGUGAUGUGGCCUUUGUGACCAGCCAGCCAGUUAAUGAGGUGGAAAUGGCCUUAGUGCCACAUCAAUAUUUGCUACCGUGGAGGCUAGUUUUCCCACUUAGGGCAUGAGAAGAAUUGGUGUAGUCAGUAUAGAGUUGCCAAACCUAUUUUCCAAAAAUAAUGGUAAAUCUAUAUUUUUCUUUUGAACUGCAUUUUUUUAUUAUUAUUAUUAUUUAUUUUGAGACGGAGUCUUGCUCUGUUGCCCAGACUGGAUGGAGUGCAGCGGCACGAUCUCUGCUCACUGCAAGCUCCGCCUCCUGGGUUCACACCAUUCUUCUGCCUCAGCCUCCCGAGUAGCUGGGACUACAGGUGCCCGCCACCAUGCCCAGCUAAUUUUUUGUAUCUUUACUAGAGACGGGGUUUCACCAUGUUAACUAGGAUGGUCUCGAUCUCCUGACCUUGUGAUCCGCCUGCCUUGGCCUCCCAAAGUGCUGGGAUUACAGGCAUGAGCCACCGUGCCCAACCUUUUUUUUUUUUUUUUUUUUUUUUU